AACGUACGUUCAUUCCACUGCCGUCAGUUGAAUCGUGCAAGUCUUGGCCCGGUUGCCGCGAUUGUGCCAGCGAUUGUUUGCGAAGCUACUGCUAGUGCUGGUUGGGACGGUGGUGCUAAGCGACCAUUUGUUAGGAGCUUUUCUCACCUCGGUGCUACCGGUGGUCCGAACGGAAGUAGGCUUAAAGCGCCGCUACUCCACCAGGAACAGCGCUACUCUCCAUCAACCGGCGCUCCGGCAAGCAGUGUAAUUCGAGUUCCCCCCGCAGGGUGUCCUGAUUUCCGUUUCCCCUCACUGAUAAGUACCUUUAACCGUGCAGGGAUGAUGGUGUGGGUUUCGGACUACGAUUUCGACCCUAAGGGUCGGAAAAUGAAUCCGGAAGCGGUUUCGCAUUUAGAGCACAUGUGCUCGCUCGAGAUCGACUCGACGACGCCGUUUGUGCGGCUGUCGGGCAUCAUCUGUACGAUCGGGCCGGCCUCGGUGUCACCGGAUAUGCUGGAGAAGAUGAUGGCCACCGGGAUGAACAUCGCUCGGUUGAACUUUUCGCACGGCUCGCACGAGUACCACGCCGACACGAUCAAGAACAUCCGCGAGGCGGUCGCGAACUACUCGAAGAAGCUCGGCAAACCGUUCCCGCUGGCGAUCGCGCUCGACACCAAGGGUCCGGAAAUUCGCACCGGGCUGAUUGAGGGCAGCGGCACGGGCGAGGUGGAACUGAAGAAGGGUGAAAAAAUUCAGCUGACGACGAACAAGGAUCACCUGGAGAAGGGCAACAAGGACAAGAUCUAUCUCGACUACGUGAACAUCGUGAAGGUGGUGAAGCCGGGCGAUCACGUGUUCGUGGACGAUGGUCUGAUUUCGCUCGUCGUCGACAGCAUCUCGGGUGACACGCUCACGUGCACGGUAGAGAACGGAGGCAUGUUGGGCUCGCGCAAGGGUGUUAAUCUGCCGGGCGUGCCGGUGGAUCUGCCGGCCGUCUCGGAGAAGGACAAGUCGGAUCUGAUGUUUGGCGUGGAGCAGGGUGUGGACGUAAUCUUUGCCUCGUUCAUUCGUAAUGCGGCCGCCCUGAAGGACAUCCGGGCUAUCCUGGGCGAGAAGGGCAAACACAUCAAGAUCAUCUCGAAGAUCGAGAACCAGCAGGGCAUGCAGAACCUGGACAAGAUCAUCGAGGCAACCGACGGCAUUAUGGUGGCGCGCGGUGACCUCGGUAUCGAGAUUCCGGCCGAGAAGGUGUUUUUGGCCCAGAAAUCGAUGAUUGCCCGGUGCAACCGGGCCGGCAAGCCGGUCAUCUGUGCCACCCAGAUGCUGGAGUCGAUGAUCAAGAAGCCGCGCCCGACGCGUGCCGAAAUCUCGGACGUGGCCAAUGCCAUCAUCGAUGGCGCCGAUUGCGUGAUGCUGUCGGGCGAGACGGCCAAGGGCGAGUAUCCGCUCGAGUGUGUGCUGACGAUGGCAAAGACUUGCAAGGAAGCGGAAGCCGCCCUGUGGCACCGCAAUCUGUUCAAGGAUCUGGUCGAUACUACGCCAACCCCGCUGGACACCGCUGCCUCGAUUGCGAUUGCUGGGGCUGAAGCGGCCAUCAAGAUCCGGGCUGCUGCCAUCAUCGUGAUUACGACUUCGGGCCGUUCGGCUCAUCUAAUUUCCAAGUACCGGCCGCGCUGCCCGAUCAUUGCCGUGACCCGGUUCCCACAGACCGCACGCCAGUGUCACCUGUACCGUGGCAUUCUGCCCGUCAUCUACGAAGAACCCACCCUGGAGGACUGGCUGAAGGAUGUCGAUGCACGCGUUCACCAUGGGUUCGAGUUCGGCAAGGAGCGCGGCUUCCUGAAGCCAGGCAACCCGGUGGUCGUCGUGACUGGCUGGAAGCAGGGCUCCGGUUUCACCAACACCAUCCGCGUGAUCAAUGUUGAAUAAAUAAGCGGCCCUGGGCGACCGUUUCUCUACUCAACACACUUCGACCCUCACUCCGGCGGGUCAGGUGACGCUCGACGUCAGCCGGGAGUCAUUUUAACAUAAAACGCACCAUGUACGCCCCAUUGCCAUCAGGUGGGGUGGCGGCGCCUUCAAAAGGUCCCGUCCUCCUCAUCACCGUCAACUCUGGCUCGUCUUUUACUUUCCCAAACAAGGAACUACCACGCUCCUGGGCAAACACCUUGUCCUUUUCUCCGGCAGUUCCACGCACGCGCACAGCAUUAAUUUAUUGUAUCUCCUAAAGUCUAAAUUAUUUCUCGCAAAUGUUAUCUCUCUACCGAUAGUGAUCCCCUAGGGAAACGUGAUCGGAGUUUGGCCUAGCAGCGAAUAAAAGGAUUCUGUUCCCCCACGAGAUUGGCAAGGUACCGUUUUCUGUUUGUUUCAGUGAUAUGCGAAUUAGAAGGACAAUUAAAUUGGUCGAGGAUUUAGCGGAACUGCGGGCGGGGAAGGUGGGAAAAGGGACAGAGCCGCCAAGCAACAGUCAACAUCAUGCAGAGGCGAACUCUUUCGUGCGUGUGUGUGUAUAUUGUUAUGUGUGUAUGCAAACAAUUAUCAAAAUCGUUGAAAAUAUUGCUACUAAUCGAGUAACGUGUAUCGAAAGUGACACAAUAAAACAAACAUCUAUAAUCGUA